AUGUAAAUUAACACCUUUUCUUUUAAGGAAUAAGAUUCAAUCAAAUCCUUUGUAGAAUAUUAUCAUAUUGCUUAUGGUGUUGAUACCCUCUCAAAACAAUGGCUUGGAAGUGCAUUUAAUUCUUAAGAUUACAAGACUGCGAGAGAAUCCACUAAACUUAAAAUGGAUUAGAUUGAGUUUGCUGGUUUAGAUAACAUUAACUAUUCCUUGAAGGAUUUCUAUGCAUUAGCUGGAAAAGAUAAUGUGAAAUUGUAGAAUGUUUGCAUGACAUUUUGUUCAAAGAAUCCAGACAUCAAAUUGACUGCUGAUAUGAUUUGUUUAGCUAAUUUUUUGCUUUGUUUCUCAUCUGAAGCUUCUGCCUUUUAGCUCCUAAAUAUCAUAUACAGAUAAAAGCCACCUGAGGAGUUUUUAAAAAGCAUAGUAACUUGUUGUGUAAAAGGAUUCAAUAUGUCUGAGAGUGAUACCAUAUAUUUGAGACAAUUUUUGGAAGCCAGAUUAAAAAGAUAUUUGCUUACAUUUUCAAUUAAUAUGUUCAAUUUUGAUACCACUCUGCUGUUGAUUUAAUAACUGAUACAAAAAUAUGAUUAUUUCAUUCAAGGGUUAUCAGCUAUUUUUAUGAUUGCUAGUCCGAAUCUGAAAUCCUCGACUCAUGAAGAGUUAGAGAUUUACAUUUUAAGAGAAAUCAGAAGAAAAGAAGUAGAACUUAAACUCAAAACUAUUUAAUAACCAAAACCAAAAUAGGAUUCAGAGAAUAAGGAUCGAACUCAAUCUAUCAUGAGUUUGGCUUUUUCGACUUUCGAAUAAUAAGAUACAUCCCAGAUAAAUGAUUUAAAAACCGAGAUUUCAAAUCUUAAAUUAUAAUUGUCAUUGAAGGAUAAUGAAAUUGAAAGUUAUAAGUUUCAGUUAUCUUAACUUUAAAUACCAGAUUAAUAAAAAAAAGAAAAGUUUCUAAAGUAAAAAUGCGAUGAAAUUGCAAUUCUAUUAUCUAGAAUUGACGAAUUAACACUUGAGAAUUAGGUCUACUAAAAAAAGGAACGUACUAAUUCAGAUUUCUCAUUAAUGUAUUAACAAUCAUAGAAAAUCAUAGAGGAAAAACAGAAAUAAAUUAACAGAUUGAAAGAUAAAGUGAAAGAGAGUUCUUUAGAGAAUAGGACUAUGUCUUUAUCCUUGGCUGGUGGAGUUUAAGGUAUUCUGUCAGGAAAGGAGGUUUAAGAGUUGAAAUAGGGUUUUGAAGAGGAGAAGCAAUUUCUGACUGAUUAAAUAAAAUAGUUGGAAAGUAGCAAGGCCCUCUUACAAAAGAGUUUGGAUGCUCAAAAGAAACUGAAUCAAAGAGUAAUCGACUAUAUUGGGUCUAUGACUUUAAAUAAUAAGUUAAUUGAAUUGUAAAUUAAGACUUCUGAAGAAAAAGAAACAAUUUCAUACAAAGAUGAGGUCAAUAACUUGAUUGAUAUAAAAAAUUAGUAGAACCAGAUGCUGUCUAGAUUACAGAGUACUAAUUUGCAAUAAAUUGAGGAACUCAAAGUUAAAAUUAAGAAUUUGAAAUGA